GAUAUCUUGUGUGAACACAUGACUCGGACGUGCGCACUCGUCCGCAAUCGGUCGCAUUCGUUUUCAACAGCGCCGGCCACGUCAAAACGACUCUAGAGCAACAAUCAUGAAGUUUUCAAAAAUCGUACGCUACACCAAAAUGAUCGUUCACCGACACCGGAGGAUGCUUGUUUUCGGUAGCUUAGCUGUCGUGUUGGCGCUGAUACUGACGGCCAAGCGCGAGAACAGCGUUCGGUUCAUCAGCAGCGACAUGGAAAAUGCCAAGCCACGCGUCGUCUGGGAAUACAUGUCGGACUUCUCCAACGUGAUGAAGCUCAAUCCGACCAUAACGAAAUUCGUAAUAACGCACGAAUCGACAGACAACAAACAAUGGAACUACACGGUCGAGUACGAAGAACACUUAUCUCAGAUUCCGUUCGUGAUGAACAAGAUUAUCGGUGAUUUCGUUGUAGAUAAAUCGCAUUCGCAACGCGCAAUCAAAUCAACUCACCGGACAUGUUUCGCCAAGAUUUAUUGUUUAAACACCAAAUCGGAAAUGAUAUUCGUGGAUCUAUCGAACGGCACUAGAAUCGUGGAGAAAAUCAAAUACGAAUGUCCGUGGAUGUUGACCAGGUUCUGCAUGAACGAAGUCCUGUACCAGCGAAAGGAAAUAUUCAGACAGCUCCAGACCUUGUUCACGCAAACAAAACAUUAGUGUUAUGAUUAUUAAUAUUCAAAUUAUUAUAUUAUUUUGUUUAAUUUGCUUUUAUUUAGGAAAAAAAAUAUGCAUAUAUUUUUUUAUUCAUAUUCCGUGCUUGCCGUAAGAAGACAGUGCGCAGUUUGUUAUCCUACUAUCGUUUAAUUAAUAGCUUCCGAGAAAUAAAGAUUUGCGCUCUCCCGUCCUCAAAUAAGAACAAAAGAACAAAAUUUAAAUUGUUAAUUCUUAUUUUCGACUUUUUUUAUUUUUAUUUUAUGUAAGGGAUUCAUUUUCUUUCGACUAGAUCGAAAAUAAUAAUAAAAAAAAAACCGAAUAAUAUUAUUAACGCAUUCUUUUAACGGGAUUUUACUUGGCGCUUUACGUAGAGAAUAAAAAUAAAAUAAAAUAUUGUGUUCUGGCGGUAGCUGAAUGCAAAUGAAAGAGCUCGAUUAACAUUAUAACGUUUUCCUUACAGAUUAACAUUCCGACUAAUACCUCUUCAACAUAAACAAUAUUUUUUUUUUUUUGUAUAGUCUCGUGAUUUGAAGUAUCGGUGUAUACAUAUUUUUUUUUUUGCAUUAAUAUAUAAUAAUAUUUUCUAACCAGCACCAAUCCCAGUAAAUGACCGUCUACGGCUGAAUGUUUAUGCUAUAUUAAUGCACAGUGCACACAGGCCAGCCUAAAACGUUUCUCGUUAUUUACGAUAUCAAAUUUUCAUAUUUAAUUCGAAUCAUUUGAAUAAUGUAAAGCGCUUUAUUAUGCUUUUGAACUCGCAAUAAACAUGUGAAAAUAAACACCUGUCCUGUCUGUAAUUUAUCAAUAUUAUAAAAUCUCGACUUUUAUUUCUGCGUGUAAACGUCGAACAAAAAAUUCCUCGUUUGCUUGUGAAUAAAAAAAAAAGUGGGUCACCGAUAGUAUCAUUGUAAAGCAUAUUAAUAUAUGGGAAACAUAAUUAUAUAUAUAGGGUCAUUCGUAAUAUUAAUAAUGGUUUUAUUGUUUUAAACCAAGAACCGAAAACAUUUUUAAAAACCAUUAAGCCCCCUUUGCUCUAAUAAUGCUGAUUCAACUCUUUUUAACAGUCUCUUUAUUUUAUUUACGAAAUAAAUAAAUAUUAGUUUAAGUGUUU